GCCAUUUGGCUACAUUUAUUUAAAUGGCCUAAACUACUGUUUACGUUCCAGUGUCAUGUUAAAUAGAAUAAGGCUGCCUGGAGGAUUUUUGUGCGGCUGUAGCUCAACUUGUUAUAGCUGAAGUCAUGGAGACUGAAUCAACAGUGCCUCUGCCGGUUGCACCCAAGUAGUUCACUCUGAUCAACAUCCUAUUCUACACAAUCAUUGAUUUAGGGGCUGCACACUUUAAAUGGACCACGUCAUACCAGAUUUAAAAAAUGACAUGGUCUACGCUUUGAGAAAUUUUAAGCUUUUAAAGUACUUCUGACAGCAUAUUUAAAUAAUUUUCAGUUCUGAGUAGUAGUGUACAAAACAUCUUAGGAUGAUACAGUACCUUAAAAAACUUCACUUCACAUUACAGCGAUCAUUUUAUUGUGGUUUAUCUUCUUCAGUUUUCCAAAGGAGGGGAUCAUGAUGUGAUUUAGAAUCUCACAGUACAGUACAUUUUCAUUAGGGACGUCCCGAUCUACAUUUUUUGGCUUCCAACAUGAAACAAAUUUUUUUUGUUUUUCGUUUUUAAUAAGAUUUUUUUUACAAACAUGAAUCUGUGGAAUUGAAUAUGGUUAUGAAAAUAGCUCUUCAAAGCAUUAAAAGUAUUGCUGAAUUUACUUUUUUAUUACACAGCAUGACCAACAGUAUUGUUGUCUUUUGCAACAAACCUCUGUGAGUCAGGUCCCUAAUCCAAUAAAAGAUCCAAUAACAGUCCAUCCAAUAAAAGAUAAAAUUGGAAAAAAUGGGCGUCCAAAAUACUUUUAGGGUAGGACUAAUCAUUUGACGUGGUUAUAGAUCAAUUUGUGGUGUAAUUUAGAAUAUAUGACAUUUUUUUUAACAAACUCUCUUCAACGCAAUAGUAAUUUAUUGACGGUCCCUAGUAUAAACAACCACCACUUCCCGUGUGAGCUCCCCGCACAAUGACACAGCAGUCCGGGCACAGUGAGGGGGAACUACCACUGUAGCUACAGAGCCAAAUAUUCAACGUCCAACGUGAAACUAACUUCACCACGGCACACCGCGGACAUGUCUGCACUGUGGUGUUGCGUUUUCUUCUUCUUGCGGCUGGCGGGAGUCGAGUGGCAACCAGCUUUGAGGCGCAUUACAGCACCUAUCAUGUUGGAGUGUGGCCCAGAGUUACGAACGUGAUACGGUAAAAGUCAAUAUUAUCCGAUUUUCAAAAUACAGUGGAUCGGCAGCCGAUACCGAUCCUGAAGAUCAGAUCAGGACAUCCCUAAUGUUCAUGUUUCCAUUGUUUCAGUGGUGGCAGCAGUGAUGAAGUCCCAGACCAUGAUGUUCUGCGAGAAAAUGAGUUGUUGCGGCGGGAAGUGGAAGUCAAAGAGAGCAAGCUGAGCUCUUCCAUGAAUUCCAUCAAGACGUUUUGGAGCCCCGAGUUGAAAAAGGAGCGAGCGCUCCGCAAAGACGAAGUGUCAAAAAUUUCUGUGUGGAAGGAACAAUACCGUGUGAUUCAAGAUGAGACUCAGCAUCUCCAGAUGACAGUACAGGCUCUCCAGGAUGAGCUGAGGAUCCAGCGAGACCUGAAUCAGCUGCUCCAGCAAGACCCUGCCAGCCAAGGUCGGGACCUGGCCCUGUCGUCCGAACCUACUGAGGAGAACUUCAGGCGGCUCCAGUGUGAGCAUGACAGGCAGGCCAAAGAGCUCUUCUUGCUAAGGAAAACCUUGGAGGAGAUGGAGCUGAGGAUUGACACACAGAAGCAAACUCUGGGGGCCCGAGAUGAGUCCAUUAAGAAACUCCUGGAGAUGCUGCAGAGCAAAGGUCCAUCUGCUAAGGCGUCAGAGGAGGACCAGGAACGCACCAGGAGGCUGGCCGAUGCAGAGAUGCAUAGGCAUCACCUGGAAAGCUUACUGGAUCAGCGAGACAGGGAGAUCACUGCGUUGAGAGAGGAGCUACAUCGUAGAUAUGAGGGAACACCAGAGUCCACCAAAACUAAGGCUUUGCAGACAGUCAUUGAUAUGAAGGAUGCCAAGAUCAACUCCAUGGAGCGUAGCCUGAGGGACAUGGAGGAGGAACUACUCAUGAUGAAGUCCAAUGGGCUUCUGAGCUGUGAGGAACGCCAGGAGGAGAUGAAGCAGAUGGAGGUCUACCGCAGCCACACCAAGUUCAUGAAGAACAAGAUGGAGCAGGUGAAGCAGGACCUCUCCAGGAAGGACACAGAGCUGCUCGGCUUGCAGACCAAGCUGGAGACGCUGACCAAUCAGUUUUCAGACAGCAAACAGCAUAUUGAAGUCCUCAAGGAGUCUCUCACUGCCAAGGAGCAGAGAGCUGCCAUUUUACAGACAGAGGUGGAUGCCUUGCGUCUGCGCCUGGAAGAGAAAGAAGCCACUCUGAAUAAAAAGAGCAAGCAGAUCCAAGAAGUCUCAGAGGAGAAGGGAACGCUCAGUGGAGAGAUCCACGACCUCAAGGACAUGCUGGAGGUGAAGGAGCGCAAAGUCAACGUGCUGCAGAAGAAGAUUGAGAACCUACAGGAGCAGUUGAGGGAUAAGGAGAAGCAGAUGAGCAGCUUAAAGGAGAGAGUCAAGUCCUUGCAGGCCGAUACCUCCAACACGGACACUGCCCUCACCACACUGGAGGAGUCUCUUGCAGAAAAAGAACGCAUUAUUGAGCGACUGAAGGAACAGCGAGACCGAGAUGACCGAGAGAAGACCGAAGAGCUGGAUUGUACGAAGAAGGAGCUGAAAGAGCUGAAAGAGAGGCUGAGCUUACUGCAGGGAGACCUGUCAGACAGGGAGACAUCUCUGCUGGACCUGAAGGAACAUGCAUCGUCCCUGGCCUCCUCUGGCCUGAAGAAAGACUCUAAGCUGAAAAGUCUGGAGAUUGCCCUGGAGCAGAAGAGGGAGGAAUGUCUCAAACUGGAGAACCAACUUAAGAGAGCUCAGAAUGCAGCUCUGGAGGCUCAAGCCAACACUGAGCUGGCAGAGCGCAUUAAGAGCCUUGAACAGGAAGUGGCCCGCCACAAAGAGGAUUCUGGGAAAGCGCAAGCCGAGGUCGACCGCCUGCUGGAGAUCCUCCGGGAAAUGGAAAAUGAGAAGAAUGACAAAGACAAGAAGAUCAGCGAGCUGGAGAGGCAGAUGAAGGACCAGACGAAAAAGGUGGCAUCUCUGAAGCACAAGGAGCAGGUGGAGAAAAGCAAAAAUGCACGGCUGAUGGAGGAGGCCAAAAAACGGGAGGACAACAUGUCAGAAAGCUCGCUGCACGUGAAGGACUCCUUGCGUCAGAAGUCCGAGCGUAUAGAGGAGCUGGAGGAGGCCCUGAGAGAGAGCGUUCAGAUCACGGCUGAACGAGAGAUGGUGCUCGCUCAGGAGGAGGCUGCCAGGUCCCUGCAGGAGAAACAGAAGUACUCACUCAAAGCAAUGCAUGAGUCCAACCUCGCCCACUUAAAGUGGUCUAAGAUGGAGGAGUUGCUGGGCGCCAUGGAGAAAGUGAAGCAGGAGCUGGAGUCAAUGAGGGCCAAGCUGUUAUCCACACAGCAGUCCCUGUGCGAGAAAGAGGCACAUCUUACCACCCUGCGAGCCGAGCGCAGGAAGCACCUGGAGGAAGUGCUGGAGAUGAAACAGGAGGCGCUGUUGGCCGCCAUCAGUGAGAAGGAUGCUAACAUUGCCCUGCUGGAGUUGUCCUCCUCCAAGAAGAAGAAGACUCAGGAUGAAGUGUCUCUGCUCAAACGAGAGAAGGACCGACUGGUGCAACAGCUCAAGCAGCAGACUCAGAACCGCAUGAAGCUGAUGGCAGACAACUAUGAGGACGAGCACCUGAAGACAGCCCCCGACCAGACCAACCACAAGCCCUCCCCAGACCAGAUGAUAACCCCUCUUGUAGCCCUGUGCCAGAACCGCAGCAAGCUCAAGCUCUAUAUCGCCCACCUGACCGACCUCUGCCACGACCGCGACCCCAGCAUCCUCAGCCAGCUAACGCCGCCUGCUCACUACAGCCACAGCGACCCCGACCACUGGGAGGAAGGCCUCCACAAGAUGACGGCAGAACAGCUGGAGAAGGAGCUGGAGCUGUGCGAGAAGGAGAGCGGCGAGCUGCAGGAGUACGCCAACUGUGUCCUGCAGCAGAUCGCCGACUACUGCCCUGACAUCUUGGAGCAGGUCGUCAACGCGCUGGAGGAGUCUUGUUGACCUCACAGGAAACAUCCAGUUUGGUCUUUAAAUUUCCUUCUGUGCCGUCAUCUUUCCACCCUUGGAGUUCUUGUAAGUGCUUUCCUGUCCCAGGCCGCCAUUGUUAAACAACACCAAAGCAAGUUUUAAGACAGCACAAUAUGGGGCAGUGAACACAACGUUAUUGCACACUUGCACCCAUGUGUACUGGGAAAUAAUACAGUGGAACCUCUAAAAUCAAUGUGUGACAAUUUUUCCCAUAGGAAAUAAUGUAAAUAGUAAAAGUCUGUUCCAGUGUCAAACUCAUCAUACCAUCAUAAAACCUUUAAUUAUUGUACAGGCAAUUUUUAUGGAAUUCUAACAUUCAUACAUGUGUAAAGUCGACCUGUGUUAGUAGUGGUACAAACAAUAAAACACUCCAUCUUAACGUCAAAGAUGAAUAAUGAAGGCGUAAGCCGUGUCAGAGAUGCACGUCGUGCCUCAUGCAAGAGUAAAGAUAAGUUGAGCACUACAAAACAAUAAAAUGCUGCACUUCAACUUUGAUAACAAGCGACAACGCAUACAGUAUGUUGACGCUGGAGUCUUACCACUUCUUUUACUUCUUUUUGGAAUAGGUGUUGCAAAAAAAGCCAAAGACCAAGCAAGAUGGUUCAUGCUUGUUGAACUGAGCAAGUUCACUUCAAAGUUUUUGAGUUGCUUGUAUUUGAAAUGCAAGUUUUUACACAAGAUUUGGUCCAAGUCUGAAUCGUACAACCUCGGUGGGUGUUGUAGUUUAAAGGUUUCACUGUAUUGGGUUAAAGAAGGGGGACUAAUCAUAGGAAACCUGAGCACAAAGUCUGCAUGUUUACUCUCUGUGGAUGGCUUCAAUUCACAGUACCCAUCAAGCACAGUUAAAAUCACGUUUGUUUUUUCAGUCUUCUACUACCUUUUGAAAACAUUUAAAAUUAACACACGGGGCAGGAAAGCACUCUGGGUGAGUGCAGGUUGAUUGCGAUGCGGAUGUGGACCUUUGGGUUCUGAGGUUGGAGCUUGCGGGUCCUCUGGUUUACGAUAUCUCCCAAAAACAAGCACACGCCUAACAUUCCAGCAUCAUUUUAUUAGAUCUUGUCAAGAGACAAUACUCUUGUAAUGAACUUAUACUAAAUAUACUUUAGAGUAGUCCGUGUAUAGCUUAUACAGCAGUACAGGUGGUCCUCGUUUUACAAUGUUCCAUGUUACGAUGUUUCUUAGUAAGUACACCCAAAAAUGAUUUAUACUGUACAAAAAGAAAAAGAGAGCUCUUUACAUGUUUGCGGCGGAAGAAUACAUAGGCGGAGGAAUAUGUAGUCAUGCGUCGCUAGACUGAGGAAAGCCGACGUCACCUUUGUUCUUUUCAGUUAACUUUUUAACUUCAACCUCCAUUAUGUCUCCCAAGCAAGAGGCAGGCUCUUCUGGUGACAGUGCAUAAAAGAAAAGCAUAGUGAAAUUUGACACCUCAAACACUCAGUGGAGAAGUGGCUCCAUGCUGUUGAUGAAACCACCAUUUGCAUCCUGAUAUGCCACACCUGUGAGGUGGAUAAGUUAUGAAUCAUGAAUGCUCACUAACACAAUUUUAGGCAGAUUUGUGAGCAAUAUUUGAGAGCGAUGGGCCUUUUGUGUACAGCACAUGGAAAACAGUUUGAGAUCUUUGAGUUCAGCUCAUGAAAAAUGGGAGCAAAAACAAAAGUCUUGCGUUUGUAUUUUUGAUAAGUGUACAUGUCACAAAUGCUAACUUUAGAGUGAAAGAUUACAUUCUCGAGGAAAUAUUGCAUUAUUAUGAUAUGAUUAUCUAUUAUUAUUAUUAUUAUUAUUAUUAUAAAUGAUCACAAGUGGUUUAUUUGGUCUAAAAAAAAUGCUGACAAUAUCGUUUAUUGUCAAUUUGUGGGACAAUAAACAACACAGCUGCGUUGUGUUGUGACACGGUUAAAUAAAAGUUUGUUUGUGUAGUCUUGUUUUUUCAUUGUACGUUUCUAAAAAUGAAUGUUAAGAUCUCGUCUUGUCUCGUUCUCGUAGACCCAAUCUUGUGUGUCGUAUCGUAUCGUCUCAUCUUGUGAGGAGAGUGUCUCGUGACACCCCUACUAUCUACUGAAAAUGAGUCAACACACAGCCAUUAAUGUCUAAGCAGCUGGAAACACUUGAUCAUAUCAAGAUGGUGUUGGUAGUGACAUGAUCUGGGGCUACGCGAGUGCUGCUGGAAACGGGGGAACUGGGGUUCCUUGAGUUAUAUGACAUGAAUUCCAACAUGCACUGUGGCUGUCCAAAGUGAGAAUCCUCUUGCAUGGAAUUGACCAGAGUGUCACAUGUUGUUACUGGAAUCCACUCCUCCAUGAUGACAUUAACUGGUGGAGCUGGUGCUUCGUUUGGUUCUGUUGUAGAGGAGAGAGAGAGAUACUUGGCCACUCCAUCACCUUCACCUUCCUCAGCAAGGCACAUGUCAUCUUUGAGGUGUGUUUGGGCUCCUUAUCAUAUUGGAAAAUUGCCAUGCAUCCCAGUUUCUGCUUUACGGUAUCGCAGUACAUGUUAGAAUUCAUAUUUCCCCUCAAUGAACCAUUGCUCCCCUCGUGCUGGCAGCACUCAUGCUGUCAUGAAUUCGUGUACUCACUUGUGUUGCCAGCUAUUUCGGCAAUAAUGGCUUUGUUGACUCACUUUCAGUGUAUAGUAAAUCUACACUGCUGUACAAGAUGUACACUGAUUACUCUAUAGUAUGUGUUAAUUUCUAUGGUAAUGUCCCUUGACAAGAUCUGCUGUAAUAACCAUGUUUCUCCCCCCUACAUUUCUGUAAGAUACUGUAGCUCUUGUUUCUGCUACAGGAUUCUGCAGAGGGGAUCUUUGAUGCUCCACACUAUGUUUUAAUACACGGACGAGAGAGAGGGAGAAGGUGGAAGUGAAAUAUUUGUGACAUGUUCAUUUGUUGAUGGUUUUGCACACACAGCGUCUACUUGUGAUGAGGUAUGCAAAUGUUUCUUUUGAGAACGUUCUAAUUGUGGCCUUGGAGCAUGCACGAAUGGGUACCGGACCUAAAGCAGGGAUGUGUGUUCCUCUGUACUAUUGGUGCUAAUAAGGCAUGAUGAAAUAACAAUGGUGAAUUGUCCUUGUGGUAUGUUGGGUAUUCAUCCAAAAACUGUUACCUUCAAGCCCUAAAAUAAUAGUUGACCCACUGCACAAAUGGAAGGCUCCUUAUGAUUAUUAUUUUUUGUGAUCUCUUCAGGGCUCUUUUAAUUCCUUUUUAAACAGCCGUUUGUAAAUAUUUAACAGUGACUGACGUAAGUGGGCAAUGUUGUGCGUUCUUUGGAGAUAAAAACAAAAAAAAGUCAAAAGCAGUGCCGUUUGUCACGGGAGACAAAAUGUGUGUGUGUGUGUGUGUGUGUGCGUGAGCACUGCUGACUACUUAUGGAAAGUCCUCUAUAGAAUUAUAAAUGCAUCGAUAUGUUUAAAUGUUAACUGUAUGGCUAUACAUUGAAUGUUUGCACAGAUCCUUUGAGGGGCAGUGAGAUGCUCCCUGGAAAAAGGUCAUUAAGAUUAAAUGUGUCAACUAAAAAUUGAUUGUCUGAUUGAAGCGUUUUUAAAUUUUCGUUCAAAAGUUUAGUGAAAAUUGUCAUUUAUUUCCAUGUAACCCUGAGAUUAUAGUGUGGUGGUCUUUUUCUUUUGCCUCCAGUCAGUUAUUGUCUUACGUAAACGCCUUUGUGUACGCUUCAUGAAUUGGAAGGCAUUCCAUUUUGUCUGUGUUUUCCUGCAUUUGCCUUAAAUGUUUCAUUGUCUCUUCUCGCUGAUGAAUUCAUGUGAUUUUUUUUGUGUGUUUUGUUUUUUAAUUCAUUCACUCUUAAGCGUUUGUAAAAACAAAAAUGUGUUGCCUUCAAUCUGUUUAUGUUGCAAGAAAACAAACAAGCCGUGUUUGUGAGUUGUUUGGGUUUUGUAUGUAUGUAAAUAAAUAAAUUAUA